GCUGGGCCAUCUCCUCCUCACUUCCAUUCUGACUGCAGUCUGUGGCUCUGAUUCCAUACUGGAGGGGCCCAGGAUGCUGUUGCUGCAAACUCUUCUGCUUCUAUUAGUCCUGCCCAGCCAUGGCCAGGACACCACAGCUGAAGGGACAGAAGUCCUGCUUCCCCCACCCAAGGGUGCCUGCACAGGUUGGAUGGCGGGCAUCCCAGGGCAUCCUGGCCACAAUGGGACCCCAGGCCGUGAUGGCAGAGAUGGUGCCUCUGGUGAAAAGGGUGAGAAAGGAGAUCCAGGUCUUGUUGGUCCUAAGGGUGAUACUGGUGAGAUUGGAGUGACUGGGGCUGAAGGUCCCCGAGGCUUUCCGGGAAACCCAGGCAGGAAAGGAGAACCUGGAGAAGGUGCCUAUGUAUACCGCUCAGCAUUCAGUGUGGGAUUGGAGAAUCGCGUCACCGUCCCCAAUGUUCCCAUUCGCUUUACCAAGAUCUUCUACAAUCAGCAAAACCACUAUGAUGGCACCACGGGUAAAUUCCACUGCAACAUUCCUGGGUUGUACUACUUCUCCUACCACAUCACAGUCUAUAUGAAGGAUGUGAAGGUUAGCCUCUUCAAGAAGGACAAGGCUGUGCUCUUCACCUAUGACCAGUACCAGGACAAGAACGUGGACCAAGCCUCUGGCUCUGUGCUUUUGCAUCUGGAGGUGGGCGACCAAGUCUGGCUCCAGGUGUAUGGGGAAGGAGACCACAGUGGACUCUAUGCAGACAAUGUCAAUGACUCCACUUUCACAGGCUUCCUUCUCUACCAUGACACCAACUGA